UUUUAAUAAAAACGCUGUGUAACUCCGUCGGUUCAAGUACUAUUAUAAUCUCUUUUUUCCUUUAAUAUGGAACCGGAGGCCUCCUCUGCAAUUUCUCCAGCACCAAUCUGUCUGCGCUUGCUCUCUUUGUAUCCAUCCGAAGCGUAUUAUCUUUUCUUUUUGGACGAAAAUAUCCUUCUGAGGAAGCAAAAGUCUAUACCUUUUGAUUUUUUAGCGUGCAAGUAUUUAUCUUUGAAUUUUAUUUUGGAUUUUUUCAGUUGAUAAAAUGCUAAUCUGUUUUCAUUUUCUUUCAAGCAGAGAUUUUCUUUUUUUUUUUUUUAAGGUUUUUCUGACGUCAUGAGAAGAGGAUACUUUUCUUUUCUGAGGUGGGGACCAUGAUUUUAACGAAGCAAUAUCGUUGCAUACACUCGUCAAGCUGUCAAUGCACAAAAGGGCAUCUAAGCGAAGAUGUGAUUUUUUUAGUGUUUCAACAGCUGAACUGGAACCCUAAAUUGGUUGCCACCUUGUCCUGUGUAUGUAAAUGGUUUGAUGAUUUGGCCAAGCGAGUGCUAUGGAAAGAGUUUUGCCGAGCAAGGGCUCCAAAAAUGAUGCUGGACCUGCAAUCUAGUGGAAGUCACAGUGUUGAUGGGAAUUGGAGAGCACUUGGAAAGUUGCUUAUUUACUGCUCAGGAUGUAGCAAGGGUGGCCUGUUCAAUAGCAUUCAUAUACCUGGUCAUUUUGUUUACAGGACUCGGUUUUCUAGGACUUCAGGGAAGAGCUUUCUUUUGCCGCAAUGCAGAACAGAUGUUUUGUAUGUCUCUGACCCUUGUGAACAUCUUUACCAGGGGGAAGAAGGUGAUGUUGGUUUUUUCCGUGGAAUUUUCAAGUCAUUCUCCAUGUCAAAGGUUCGGAAGAUGCUGAUUAAAAGGAGGGCCCAGCUUCAUCCAACAGAGGUGUGCCCUUAUUGCAAGGCAAAGUUGUGGAGCAUGCUGCAAGCCAAAAUGAUACCACAGAGUGCCAGCUGCAGGUUGGGUGCCUAUGAAGAUUGUGUCGAGUAUUAUGUGUGCCUCAAUGGACAUGUGCUUGGAGUCUGCACUCUUUUACCCUUGUCUGAUUCAGAAGAGGCAUCCGAGUUGGAGUGAUAGUUGGCAUAGAAACCAGUUAGCGUCAUUGUUGGCAUGGAUUUUGCUUCUUGUGGAAUUGACAAAUGUGGACGAGACAUGUGAUAGACUUUUGGAGCUUUGCUGAAGCUGAAACCAUCACAAUCUCAUCUGAAGGAAACUACACUACUUCCCUGUCAUACCCUGGCUAAAUGUUUCAUAGUGAAUGGAUUGGAGCUUUUUCUGACCAUCUUGUUUUUAUCAUCUAUUAAUUAAUGUGAGCAUGUAGUACCGUGUACAUGUUAAGUGUGCGCCCACAUAAAAUUUCCAUAUCUGGAUAACAGAUUGAUAUCUGGAUAACAGAUUUGUAUCUGGAUAACAGAUUGGUAUCUGCGAUAAUUCACUAUCUGUUUAUGAUUAAUCAGUUGCUUUACCUUGUUUA